AUGUCCGGGCCGAAGCAACAUAAUGAGAACCACUCUACCCCCCAGAGCGUCGGGACGAAGAAAAGAUUCGAAGACGACACGGAAAUCGUUGAUGAGACUGGCCACAGAAUGUCGGUAGACAGCAAGAUGUCAUGGUCCAAUGACCAAGGAAAGGGCCUCGACCUACCAGACCCGGACUCGUUUCGAACAUUUUCAGCCAGCCCUUUUCAGAACGAGAGAGCAUCACCAUUCCUGGGAGCACCAACCCACCCGACGACAUCAGAGCCAUGGGAGAAGCGGGGAAGACUAUGGCGAUUCUGGAUCACCAACAAAGGUGUCGUCCUCGUAGCGCUCUCGCAGUUGUUUGGCGCUCUCAUGAACUUGACGGCACGACUUCUUGAGUUGGAAGGAGACGGAAUGCAUCCCCUUCAGGUCUUGUUCGCCCGGCAGUCAGUCACCAUGGUCUGCUGCUGUGUCUACAUGUACUGGAUGAAGACACCAGACUUCCCGUUCGGGAAGAAGGAGGUCAGAUGGCUUCUCAUCGCAAGAGGAGUAAGCGGCUUCUUUGGCAUCUUCGGCAUGUGGUACUCGAUGAUGUAUCUCCCCCUUGCUGAGGCAACCGUCAUCACGUUCUUGGCUCCCAGUGUCGCCGGCUACGUCUGCUACCUCGCUCUCCGCGAGCCCUUCACUCGGGCCGAGCAGAUAGGCACAGUCAUAGCCUUCUUUGGAGUCGUCCUCAUCGCACACCCUACCUCUCUCUUCACAGGCGACUCGACUUCGUCUGCCGCCGCCACCGCUCCAGAAUACGACAACGCAACGAACGGUACAGUCUCCUCGAAGCUGCCCGGACUUAAUCACCAAGCUACGACUGCGGAACGUCUCACGGCUAUCGGCGUUGCGAUAGUAGGCGUGUUUGGUGCUGCCGGUGCUUUCACGACGAUUAGGUGGAUCGGCAAGCGCGCGCACCCACUCAUCUCCGUUAACUACUUCGCGACAUGGUGCACAAUCGUGUGCGCCGUCGUCCUCACAAUAGCACCCAUGUUCGAAUUCGAGCAGCCGGCUUUACGAUUUGCGUUGCCGGGAACAGGACGGCAGUGGCUGUUCAUGGUUCUCCUCGGCGCGUUCGGUUUCAUCAUGCAGUUCCUCCUCACCGCGGGACUGGGGACGGACAGAUCAAACAGGGCCAACGCCAUGGUCUAUACCCACAUGCUCUUCGCCGCCGGGUUCGACAGAUUCAUAUUUGGCAACGUCAUGGGAUGGGUGAGUCUGGCGGGCUGCGGCCUGAUCAUCGGCAGCGCCCUCUGGGUCGUUCUUACGAAGAGGCCGCCGCCGCCGAAGAGGGAGACUGUGGCGGACGUCGAAGUUGCCAAUGUGAGAGACACCGAGGCUGUGCCCAUGUUGGCGGAUAUAGACGGUGGAAGGGACGAGGACUUGGAGCUGCGGGGGCUUCGGUCAUAA